AUGUGGAACUCCACUCUCACCUGCUUCGAAGAACUCUCACUUCAAGUGUUAAAACCAUGGAAAUCCAGCGUUAACGCAAAAACCAUAUACAGAGAUGAGUUAGACAAGAAGGCGUCAAGAAAGAAGCCAGGGAAGAGUUGCAGAGAUCGUAGUACUGUUGCAGAUUCAAAAGUUCCAUUGCUUCCAGGAGAUCAAGAUGGGAAGGAUUCUGAAAGACGAGGAGGCCGCCAUGGCAGCAGUAGUACUAGUACUCAUGUUGACAAAAAAGGGGUGAUUAGAGUAAAAGUCAGGAUGACAAAGGAGGAAGCAGCUCGACUUUUAUCCAGGUGCAGAGAUGGAGGGUUACUUGAAUUCAAAGACGUAGCGACUGAGCUUGUUCAAAUACCAAAAAAUCGUGUUCGUGUUGUGUCCCUUGACACCAUCGGCCUUGAUCCAGUGCUUAAGAGCAUUCCGGAAGAAACUGAUGAUGAGAAUUAA